AUGGCUGCGAACGACGUUCCUCUCGACAUUUUGCAUUAUGUGUCUGACGCGCCGAGCCAGGCGAGCGUUACACCCGAAGAAUAUAGGGACACUUUGAGAGGGCAUUGCAGGGAUCAUUGGGACUGGUCGCCAAUAAUCAACUUUGCACACGAGUACUUUGUUCACCUUGGCUUAGCAAUGUAUGACCUUUCGAGUCCCCAAACAGUGCCUACCAGCGGCGGUGAUGAGACUCCCCAGAUUCAAUCACUGGAAGAGAUCCAAGAAAUUUUGGAGCGCUUUGGUACUCCCGGUCACUCUAACCAAAAGGAAAUGAUAGAGCUGGUAAUUCUUUUCUCGCCUACUGUAUCGCCGGAUUUACUACUUAAACGAUUGAUUGAGGUUCGAGAACGGGAUGGAAAUAAAUGUCCCGUCACAAAUUGGCCGUUUGAUACCAACCCCCCCCCCGCGCUUGGCAGGGUCAGCGUGGAAGCUCAAUUAGCGCAUAUAUGCCCUACCAAACUUGCGAAUCAUAUCGAGAAUCCCCUCGUCUAUCAAGCAUUUGCUACAUUUUGGGACGAUGAGGAACUCACAAAACGUUUCGCAACUUUGGUGAAUAGCCCAGAGAGCUGUCUGCUCCUCUCCUUUGACGCUCAUAACAACCUUGAUGAGAUGUGUUGGGCCAUAGAAGCGAUAGAGAAUGUAAACCAAGAUGCUUGGGAGUAUUACUUUGUCAAGUUGGGAGGAUUGACCUUUCCGUUUGAACCUGCAGGCGGAACACGAAUCAAAUUCGGGGUGGAGGGGGGACCUUUUAAGAGCGCUAUUCCCAUGCCAUCGCCGGAUCUGUGCAACCUGCGACUAGCUGUUAUGAAGGUGAUGAGGCUUAGCGGUGCAGCACAAGCCGUCGGCUCAUGGAAAUUUGACUAUGAUGACGGUUCAAAGGCUAUUUGUGGUGUUCUUGGACAUCCGUACACUGACAUGGUCGCUAUGGAAAAACUUCAUGCACAAUUUAACAGUAUUAGUGCAUGAUUUCGUUUUUCUAAUCUUGUACUGCUUUGAUGCGCUUUUAGCCGUUAGGAGUCUUAGUGUUUUCAACUUGGCUAAAAGAGCAAUACACAAACGUAUCAUGGGUGUGAUAUUCCACAAUAAUGGUGCACACCUGCCCAUGUCGCGGAAUACAUUUGCCUGCCUUUCCUGUUUCAUGACCAUUCGAAGUAUAUUUUAUGAUUAUUGUGAUUGUUGCUAAGCUUUUCUUGUGAAAUCAUGGAGGACGUUUACUAUGUGCCACGAAGGCAAACCAACGCGAGUGAAACUUUCUUACCGACUUCCAAAUUCUUCUACUACCACCAUGAUCACCCAGUGUAUGCCCUGUAUACGGGAUUCUGUAUGUUUCAGAUGAAAGAUGUCGGCAGGCUGUAGCUU